CCAUUGAAUUGCAGAUAUUCAAUACCAGGUCCCUCCUCUUGUCUAGUUGAAGAAAAAUGGCAGUAUCUUCAUUGAACCACAAAUUCCAUAACCAUGCUCGUUCUAAUAGUUUACCCUCUAAACCACACCCUCUCAUCCUUCAGUGCAAUGAACACUUAGCAAGGUUAGGUUCCUGUGAAACCAUAUCUUCUUCAUUGCUGGGGCAAAAUCUAACUACCCUUUUAGAUUUGCAUGAGUGCAUUGAAAAGUUAGUUCAAUUACCCCUAACUCAAGAAGCACUUGUCCAAGAACGCCAAGAGAAAUGGGUGGAUGAUCUCUUGGAUGGAUCUCUAAGACUCCUUGAUGCAUGUACAGAAACCAAAGAUGCCCUUCUGCACACCAAGGAGUGCACCCGUGAGCUUCAAUCAACUAUAAGAAGAAGAAGAGGAGGCGAAGUGGAACUCACAGUGGAGGUUAAGAAAUUCUUGACCUCAAGAAAGGUGGUGCGAAAGGCCAUAUUCAAAGCCUUGGAGAAUUUGAAGGGUAAUAACGCAAAUAAAAGCAACCUUGCCCUCACUAACAAAGACUACUACCAAACCAUGGCAUUUGUAACAGUGUUGAAGGACGCUGAAGUUAUCACUUUUUCCAUAUUUGAGUCAUUGCUGAAUUUCUUUUCUGGAUCAGCGCAAGCAAAACGAAGCAGCUGGGCUUUGGUAUCAAAGCUAAUGCAAAGCAAAAGGGUAGGGUACGCACAAGUAGCAGAGGAGAACGAGUUUGCAAAAGUGGAUGCUGCAUUGCAGUUAUUUGCAUUAAACAUGUCAACUAAGUCAAACGAUAUCAGUGGUUUGCAGAAGAAGCUUGAGAACUUGGGAACCUGUAUACAGGAUCUUGAAGAAGGACUCGAAUCUCUGUUUAGGCGUUUGAUUAAAAUCAGAGUUGCCCUUCUCAACAUUCUUAAUCAUUAGUUGAGUUGUUCACAGGAGGAGUGAUGCUGAAACUGGAUUCACAAUUGAGGUUCGAAAAUACAUGGAAUGCAGGAAGAACAUGAAAAAAGGCAAUUGGAAAGGCCCUAAAAAUCUUGAAGGCAAUACAAAAAUAAGCUCACAGUUUCUUCUUCAAUCAAGGACUAGGAAACUUCUUCCAUAAUUAGCUUCUUAAAAGAGGCAGAAGUGGUCACUGUGAACUCGUUAGAAUCUAUGUUAUGUUUCAUUACUGGCCCCAAAAGUCAGUAAAGAAGAACAGGUGGAUGGUAAUAUCCAAGCUUGUGCGGUCUAAGAUAAUAUCUUCUGAUUCUGAAGUGCUUGAUCCUAAUGAAUUUGCGAUGUAUGAUUCGGUGUUGAAGUGUCACAUCAGUUCAAAGCCAAGCCUUCAGUAACUGACAAUUUUCAUAGCCAUGAGCAAAAUCUGGAGUUGUGCAUCGAAGAUAUUGAAGUUAGAGUUGAACUCCUCUCAAGAGAACUAAUCAUAAAGAGAGUUACAUUACUCAACAUUUUGAGCCACUAGUCAACAAAAAUGUGUUUAUAACCAUUCCUCAUUUGUACAUAAAUG